GCGCCGUAUGUAAAUAUGGCGGUGGUUGUAGUUCCAGUGGACACCGGGAGGUGGCAGCACCAGCGGUUUCGGUUCAGUCUUCCGUAUCAGCCAAAGAACAGUUGGAGCCGGAGAGCCAGAAUGCCGAGACGAGAAAUAAAAGAAGAAAAGACGAAACUUUUUAAAAUCAGGAGAACAGGAGAGUCUAAAAAGUUUGGAGUAGCAGCGUCGACCCUGAAAGAGCUGAUCAAGAAAGGAUGCGAUGUAUUUCAGGUGUCUCCGUCCAGGGCGCAGUGCUGUCUGUACGAGGACGGGACGCUGUUAACAGAAGAGUAUUUCCUACAUGUUCCUCAGAACUCAGAGGUGGUCCUGCUCUCUGCUGGGCAGAGCUGGAGCGGCGCUGUGGUUUAUGACCUUGGCCAGGUGCUGUGUUUGGACAGACAUGCAGACGAGCUCAUCAGGGCAGCCAAGAGCCUGCUGCAGGAUGAUGAAGAGCUUCCUGCUAAAAGAAGAAAACUCCUGGGGGAUCUCUUGUGCAAUCUGAAAGACAAGGCAGAUCUGGAGGGCAGAGCAGAUGAUGAGGAAUGGUUUGAAGGGAUUGACACAAGGUUUAAGACCAAGUCAGCAUAUAUGAAAUACAACUGUGAACAAAGGAUACGGGGGUACCUGAAAGAGGUGGAUGGUCAUGCUCAGGCUAUUCAGAGUGUGAGGACGAAAGGUGAAUAUAAGAAGGUGGUGGCGAGCAUGGCCGAAAAGCUGAAAUCUGUGCGUUAUAAUGGCAAUUACUUUGAUAGGACGGAGAAUGGGCUACAUCGACUCUGCACUAAAGAAGGCUGGUUCUCUUGUCAGGGUGCUUUUGAUCAAGAGAAGUGCGAGUCUCUGCAUUCAAUAAAUCCAUACGGCAACCGUGAGAGCAGAAUACUCUUCAGCACCUGGAAUCUGGACCACAGAAUUGAGAAGAAGAGAACAAUCAUACCGACUCUUGUUGAAGCACUUCAUGCUAAGAAGAGCAGCGACAUAAACCUGGACUAUUUCUACAAACUGCUGUUCACUCGAGAAAACCUUAAACUGGUUCACAUUGUCUGCCACAAAAAAGGGGCUCAUGAUCUAACAUGUGAUUCACGCCAAGUGUACAAACGGGCCAAGAAGACUCAGAAGUGAACUGACAUGCAAUAUAAUCACCUCAUGGAUUCAAUAGAUGGCAUUUAUAAGAACAAAAAACAGGUACAUUUCAGGUAUAUAUAUAUAUAUUUUUUUUUAUAUAAAUUAUGAAUUAUUUUUUCAUAAUGACUUGUGAUUAUUUAAUUGGCCAGUACUUUUUAAAACAUUUUAUUAUUAUUUUUUUUUACUUUUACAUGGAGUUUGUGUGCACU